GACUCGCAAUAUAUAAUUUAGACGGACUGCUAAAAUAAACUUUAGCCAUGCUGUUUUCGUAAAUAGUUCUGAUUGCAAGGUGAAAAUACUUACCUAUGUUCGUGGUUUCGUUUUGUUUAUACAAUAAAUGUGUUUUGAAGGGUUACUGGGCGGGCGUGGGAACGCCUGCCACGCCGCGACGAACAAACGCACAAACAUAUUCUCCGCGGUGAACAACUUCUUCGCUGAUUCGCCAUUGGUGAAUCAGCUCAAAGGGAUCAUGACGAGACAAACAAACAGCAGUGGUGGCGAGCCAGGUCCUCCCGAUGACUCCUCACGACCUGGGAGCAGAGGACCGCCUUCUUUGGCGCUAAGUCUUUCAGAAAGUCAGCAAUUAUCGGAGCAGCCGUCUCCAUCUAAGCAACAGCGGCAGCCGUCCUUCCUGAAGCCGGCCGCUGACACCACCCUGGACAGGAAGGCUUCUAUUGUGGAUGAGACCUCCGGGAUUACACGGACGCAGAUGAAAGAAUUCCGCGAAGCCUUCCGCCUGUUCGACAAGGACGGCGAUGGCACCAUUACGAAGGAGGAGCUGGGCCGCGUCAUGCGGAGCCUCGGCCAGUUCGCUAGGGUCGAGGAGCUGCAGGACAUGCUGCAGGAGGUCGAUAGCGACGGCGAUGGCAACGUAAGUUUCGAAGAGUUCGUCAGCAUCCUGUCCAAGUCGAUGUGCGGUGCUGGCAGCGGCACCAGCUCAGCUGAGCAGGAGGAGAGGGAGCUGCGAGACGCCUUCAGAGUAUUUGAUAAACAUAACAGAGGGUACAUCUGUGCGAGCGACCUGAGGGCAGUUCUGCAAUGUCUUGGAGAAGACCUUUCUGAGGAGGAGAUUGAAGACAUGAUCAAAGAAGUGGACGCUGAUGGUGAUGGUCGUAUAGACUUUUUGGAAUUCGUCCGUGCACUGGGAGAGCCAGAAGACGCGUGUGACGAUGAGGACGAGGACGACCCGACUGACGGCCCUGACCUGCUGCUGCCGCGCCCCGUCGCCGCUAACUGAACAUCAUCGUCACGUUGAUAGGGAUAUAGGAUAGCUGGGUUAGGAUAGUAAUAUAUCAAGAAGACUCCUGAAUAUAAUAAAGAAAUUGAUUUACGAUGAAGUAAAUGGGCCUAAAAUCUGUUACUAAAAUGAGGUCAUCAUUAUCAUCAUCAGUGGCUUCUAAAAUUUAUGAAAGGUGGUUAAAUUAGCAGCCGUAUUAGAUUUUCUGAUUUUGACACUUGCGCUGAUGGCUAACAAGGCCUAUACGGGAGUGACAACGCCGGUCGCAAUGUCUGCAGGCAAAUUGUAUCAAAAUGAGGUCAAAAUACCUACAAAAGAUUAAUUACAACACCAUUAAAGCCACACAUGAAUGUCUUAGACUAUGAUCAAUGAUGUAAAGUAAGAUCACAUUUUUGGCUGAAAUUCUAUCAUUCCAUCCCAGCUAUUCCUACUAUUUAUCAACUGCUUUAUGCUACGCUGGCUUUAAUUAUUUAUUACGUUGUUAAUGUUGUGUAUAUGGACAUGCCUCAAACAUGAUAAAACAUCUUAAGUUGUCAAUAUAAUUAUUGCUAGAAGAUCGAAGGACCAGCCUCUUAAAACAAAUCACAUUAAAUUGUCGCCGAUUGAAUGGCUGUAUGGAAAUGACAGGUUCUAAAGAAGAACAAAAUGUUAUUAAAAUUUCAUAUCUAUUAUGGGGAUGGUCACACUAGCGGCCAGAUACCCAUUGAUAAUAAAUUAAUUGUUCGGUAUUUUACGUUUUUCCUGUGCCAAAUUUAAAUAUAUUUGUAGAUAUUACGUUAUUGGAAUCGCUUAAGAAAAUGUGGUGACAAAAUAAUAAGGUUUACAAAAAAAUAUGAUUGCCGUAAGAAGAUUGCUACAUAAGUACUUACCGCUCUUUAGUAAGAAGAUUACACAGCUCCUUAUUAAUCUAGAUAGGUAAUUCCAUCGUUUCAACCCAUUAGGAUCAAACCAUAUCAAUGUUAAUAGUAACCAUUAGUUAAAACAACGAAUUCUUUCCUUUUGAAUCUCACUAACAAGUUUUCUAAAGAAUCUUCUAAUAGGAUAGCAAUUUAAAUUAGCUUUUAUUCAUAAUUAAUAAAGUAACCCUAUUUACUUACUCUUUCAUCAAUAAAUUAGUCGUCUUAGAAAACGUCGAUUCAUACGCAUGAAGAAGUAGUAACUUGUUAGCACGCAGAAACAUAAAAACAAUACAAAUGGAAAGUAGUAUUUAUGAUACCUACAUAAUGAUCCAAUACUUACUUUUUCUCAUCAAGUAAAGGCCCAACACUCAGUAGUUUUGUCCGGAUGAGACAGUUAACGACACAAGACCAGUAUAAUAACUUGAAAUUUUAUCAGAUAUUCAUAUAACUUUCUAAACUAUCUGGUAAACCCAGUCUUGUCAUUAGAUACUUGAAUUCUUGAAUGACAACAAAAAAAACAUGGCGGCCUAUUUCGAAGCCGUAAAAUGGCGGCAAUUAAUUAAUUAAAAUCCUAUCUCAAAUCAUAUAACUAGUGAUUUUUCUAUAAAACACCAAUUUUAAAUUAAUAAUAAUAUUGUAAAUAUUUUGUCAUUUUUACUAUCUUUCAGACAAUUUUAAUUAUAAUCAAGAGUGAGAUAGUUGCAACGUAAAUCUUACCUUGCUUGUGAAUAAGGAAACUACUAAUAUUAUGAACAUUUCUGGCUUCCUAUUUUUGCCUUUUAAUACUAAAAAUAAUAAUAUUGGAUUAAUUCUGAAUAACAAGGAACCUGAGAAAAAAAUGCUGUUCAAAAUGGUAGCUAUAAAUUGAAGCAUAAUUUUAAAAAAAGUUGAAAAUGGCUGUUCAUAAUCUAUGAAAGAAUGUGCAAAAAUAUCGAAAUUAGUCCAAUAUUAGAAAGGAAUUAUUUUUUGUAAUAUCUACUUAAUAUUUUCAAUAAAAAUCUCAACUACUUAUACCUCAAACUUUUUAACAUAUCCUAACAAGAAUUUAUAUAAACAGAGCUUUUAUUUGUCUAAUAAAUGCAUUAAAUAUGUACUUACUUUAACGACUUUAAGAUUAAACUGAAUAUUUCGCAAAUAUUGAUGUUGUACACAUUAAAAUACAGAACCAAUAUACAAAAUAAUAAAAUGUUCUUGACAAAUUG